UCUAUGCACAACACUGUUGGCGCGUAUAGUUAUGGAAUACGGAAAUGUCCAGGCAUUCCUGCCUAUCUGUGCGUGCAAUCGUGGACAGAAUGGUUGCGAAACUUUUCUUUAUAAAUGAGUUUAGGAACGCGCCCUUAAAUUCGGAGACUGUAAGAACUACUAUCUUCGGACGGGAGCUUGAUUCUCGAAUUCAUUAGACGAAGAAAACGUACGCGCGAAUUUUGCGCGUACGGAAAGGUUCGAUUGGCCACUCGCAUGGCUUUUAACCAAUCGACUUUCAAUUUUUCUGCGAGAGCAGAAUGAAUUUAAGAAUCGAGCCCCUGCUACUGUGCUAUUUGCUACACGUUGCACGUGGAAGUUUGACGAUGUCACGACUGUCCAUUGUGCACAAGCGAGAAAGAGAUCUAAGCGCGCGUUUCUAAGCUCGUUAAUUUGAAAAGUGUCGCCGCCAUUCUGUCCACGACUGCGCGCAGUAAUGGACACAGUAAUGGACAGAAUAAUUGCGACGCUUUUUUUUUAGAGCUUAGAAACGUUUGGAUUCAGGCUUGCGUUCGAAAAUCGAGGAAUAUUUCACACGACGGCCAUUCCGAAACCAUUUCACGCGUUUCCGAUCCUUCUCGAGUAAAAUUCUCCUCGGUGAAAACGUUUCGAAACGUAAAUCGAAUCUAAAUGUGCGUUGCUAAACUCUUGAAAAAAAGUAAAAAAGGUGUCGCAACCAUUUCGUCCAUCGCCGUGUGCGUUAAUUCGAAAGGUCGUGAAUCGCACGGGUCUCGCCGCGGGAGGUCGUGUGAACGGGGCUUGAGGAGCCGCGCGGCGACGACGGCGGCAGCGCCACCCCGGAGCAUCGCGGCGAGAAUCGGCACCUCUCUCUCUCUCUCUCACUCUCUCCCGUGCUCCGGCGAAUCGAUAUUCCGCUCAAAUAUUGACUCCGGCGAGUGUGUGUGUGCCGCGCCGUGGCACACCGUCGCGCGAGUGCGAGCGAGCAGAGCGAGCGCGCGCGCGCGCCAGACAGAGUCCGUUUCCCCGUGCAGUCAGUCGGCGAUGCUCCUUUAAAAAGCGAAGUGUGUACUCCGGAGUGCGCGCGCGAGUGAGAGACGUCGUUACAUCCGACCCCGUGUGAGAGUCUCGCGAGAGCGCGAGAGGCGCGGUACGAGCUCUCUCGCCGUAGUACUACGGUGCCUCGCAAGCCACGCCGCGCGCGGCCAGGCGGAGCGCGAUCCCGUGACGACGAGGACGUCGACGACGUCGACGACGGGGAGGACGAGGAGGAGCGGAGGAAAUAUGCUGCCGCAGGCGACGACGACGAGGACGGGCGCGCUGCUCUGCGGCCUGCUGGCCCUGUGCGUCGGGCUCACCCACGCGAGCAUCGCCGCGUCGGCCUUCGAGUCGACACCUUCGAGCUCCUUCGAUCAUGGAGCUCCGCGCCUGGAUCUGGAGAGCCUCGAGAGCGGAUAUCACGGCCUGGUGAAGGAGAAUGAGACCCUGGUCGAGGUGACGCCGCAGAUCCGCGCCCUGGGCACGAAGGUCUGCUCGUUCCGCAUCGCGAACAAGCACCACGGCGAGGCGCCGUUCGAGAUCGUCCUGAAGGAGAAGGGGAUGGCCGAGCUGCGGGCGUUCCGGGUCCUCAACUGCGAGAAGCGCCGCAAUUACAAGUUCGACAUCGCCGCGGUCGGCUGCAACGGGGCGCAAUCGGAGAACGCCACGGUCCACAUCACCGUGGUCGACGUGAACGAGUACGCGCCGCAGUUCCUCCAACCGGCCUACGUCAGCACCGUGGACGAGGGCCGCCUCUACGAGGAGGUGGUCCGCGUCGAGGCGUCCGACCGCGACUGCACGCCCAAGUUCGGCGACGUCUGCAAGUACGAGAUCCUCACCGCCGACCAGCCGUUCAUCAUCGACAACGAGGGCGCGAUCCGCAACACCGAGCCCCUGGACUACGAGCGCUCGCACAACUACAUCCUCAGCGUGGUCGCCUACGACUGCGGCAUGAAGCAGUCGGCGCCGGCGAUGGUGACGGUCAAGGUGAACCGCGUGUGCGCCCCCGGCUGGCGCGGCAUCCCCGAGAGGGUGGACUACGCCGCCGGCGUCGGCUCGCAGCCCCUGCUGCCCUCGGCGCGGCUCGACCUCUGCGACGCGCCCUGCAUCCUGCGCAACGUCCGCGCCACCCUGACUCUCGCCACCGAUCACAUCGGCAAGGGCUGCGAUCGCGACACCUACGGGGUGCGCAGCCAGCGUAAGCUGUGCGGCGCCUCGCGCGACAGCGUCGACCUGCUGCCCACGCCCGGGCCCAUGACCUCCUGGACGGCCGCCCUUUCCAGGGACGAGGGCAGAGAGGCGGACGAGAUCUUCGAGUUCGACGGCGUCGACUCGGCCGCGAUCGUGCCGAACGACGUGCUGGAGCACAGCCUCGCGCAGAAGUUCACCAUCGGCGUCUGGGUCAAGCACCGGCCACGCCCGCGGCAGGACCCGCAUGUCAAGGAGCACAUUUUGUGCGCUGCCGACGACCACAAGAUGAAUAGGCACCAUUACGCCCUGUUCAUAAGGAACUGCAGAUUGAUUUUGCUGCUGCGACGCGACUUCUCCGAGGGCGACCCCAACAUCUUCCGCGCCGCCGAGUGGCGUUGGAAGCUCGGCCAGACGUGCGACGACAAGUGGCAUCAUUACGCGAUCCAGGUGGACUUCCCGCGCGUCAACCUGUACGUGGACGGCGAGGAGUGGCGCGCCGACGAGAAGAACCCCGAGGUGAUCGACGACUGGCCGCUGCACCCGGCCAAGGGCGUCAACACCACCCUCGUGGUCGGGGCGUGCUGGCAGGGCUCCGAGAACAAGACCAAGCACCACUUCCGCGGCUACCUCGCCGGCCUGUCCGUCCUGGUCGGUCGAAACGAGAAGCCGGAGGUGCUGUCGUGCCUGCGGCGCUGCCAGGAGGGCAUUCACGUGCCGCCGAUGGACUUGUUGCAACCGGGCACUCAGCUGCUGACCAACUCCGACAUGACCGAGGUGCGCAUCGACGGCGACAACCGCACCAACGUGGAGACCCUGCUGCGCCGCAUCGGUUACUCCAACACCCGACGUUUCCCGACCCCCGGCCGCCGUAACUUCCGCCUCGACACCACGAUCGUCUGCGAGGGUAGCGAGAACACGCCGCUGCCGGUGCCGACCGUGCAGUCCUACGUGACCGUGCUGCCGCCUCCUCGACCGGGCAUCACCGUCAACGGCACCGGUUACGUCGCCCGAGAGUACGCCGACUUCCGGCUGGGCGUGCGCGUGUUCCCAGACGCCCGCGUCACCGCCGGAUCGGCCGCCCGAUUGGACGCCUGUGCCGUCAGCGUUUACCCGAGCCUGAAUCCCGACCACGAGAGCCUGGGGUUGCCCGGUGACGCCUUGCUCGCGUUCCACGACAUCUCCGCUCGCGUCGACCGGGACGGCGUCGUUCUCUCCGGCGCGGACUCGCCCUACAACUACCAACAGCUGAUCCGCCUCAUCAUGUACACGAACCGCAAGCCGGCUUACUAUCUCGACCGCGUCUUCAAGCUCACCUGUUCCGAGCUGAGCGGCCGCUUCGCCAGCAACGAGUACGUGCAGACGCUGGCCGUGAUCCAUCCCAAGGAGAAGACGACCGUACCGCCGCACACGACGCCCGGAGAACCGCCCAUCGCGAGAAUCGUCGAGCCGGCACCGGGUCACGCGCAGCUCUCGCCGCACCACGCCGACCUAACGGAGGAAUACGCCACGGCCGCGCUUCGCGAGGGCGGCAGGACCACCGUCGCCGGUGGCAGCGGCGGCAGCCACGCCGUGACCAUCGUCGCCGCCGCCUGCAUCGGCUUCCUGCUGCUGAUGGCGGUGGUGGGCGCAGCGCGGGUGCGCGGCGCCGCCAAGCGACGACGAUCCGCCGGCGACGAGCUCGCCGCCGAGACGGAGAUGGCCUGGGACGACUCGGCCCUCGCCAUCACCGUCAAUCCGAUGGACAGGUUGACGGAGCACGACCAGCACCACCAGAGCCAGCGGGACGAGGACGUGGACGACUCCGGCAGCUCCGACUCCGAGGAUGGUUCGUUCCGGGACGAUGACCUUGACAGCUCCGACUGCGAGAACGAUUGCGACCUCAGCAACGGCCGGCACCGCCGCCACAACUCGCCGCACGACCUGGAGUGGGAUCAUCGUGACGUUUAAAUCACCCUACUAUCUUUACACUGAGCAUUCACACACAUCCCUCUUUCUUCGCGUGAUACUGAAGAGGAGUACUGGCCGCGUGCCACUUGCCGCUAAAUUUUUCCAUCGUUAUGUCGUUCCUUCUCGCCGCGCGCCUUCCCAACAUUCUCCUCGCGCAGCGAGCUAUCCGGCGAAUUUUGUCUGCGGGAGUAAAGAGUUUCGGAUGAUCGUGUACGGAUGUCUCUCGUCGAGCGCGACUCGCGUCCGUAACAUCGGCUUCUCCAACUUCUCCCCUUCGCGCAUCUCUCGGACACCACGGACGCGUCGUCGAGGGAUUAGAAUAUUUAUUACGCUUUCGAAUCUCCAGAAUGUAGAGUAAUAAGAUUUAACGUUCUAAGCCGCUCCACACACAUGUACACACACGCACACGCGCACACAUGUCGCUCGAUCGAUUCUCUAAACGAUUAUUAUCCCUCUAUACCGCGCGAGAGCGUUAUCGUAUUAUCCGUCCCUCCCCCUCAUCCUCUCUCGUAGAUGACGUCGGUAUAAUCGAUGAGGUAACGAUAUAAAACGGCAUUCAGUUAGUACUCGUCUUAAGCGUCAGGGAAAAACCUGUAAGAGUGCGGGACGCUUUAUCGAAUAUAGUUAAAACUCUUUCUACCUGCGAAACUCACGUCGCUGAUGUUUUGGUAGAAUCGAAGACACACGCAAGAGAUACUUAAAGUUGCCCGCCGGGGGUACCUCUCGACGGGGAUAUUUACGGCAGUUAUUAAUUUAUAUUUCUUGACUCAUCAUUGGUAGUAGUAGGACAAGGGAACUCUUUUUUUUUAUAUAUACUCCUAACUCAAUAUCUUUCCUCCUUUUUACUCUAUACAUAUAUACGGUUGUCGCUACUUUAUUAUUACUAAUCGCUGCGACUACAUCCAGCCAUUUUAUCGAAA